AUGCAUCUAUUAUGGUAUUUUUUGUUAUUUGGCAGUGUUCAAGCACAACAACAUUUAUGUUUAUGUUCAUGCUGUCCUGGUCUACCGUGUAAUCCUAAUUCUUUACCACCGAUUCACGUACAAAGUUGUACAUUAGAAACAUGUCUUGCACAAUGUCAAGCUACAUAUUCUACAUGUCGACAAAAUUAUCCAUUCAAUCUAAUAUCAGCACAAUGUAAUUCAACAAUUGUUCCAUCAUUUAAUUGUCGAUGUGAUUGUUGCAAUACAGGUUCUCCUUCAUGUUCACCUUCAUAUGUUGGUAAUAGUCAAGCAUUUGUAUGUAACACAGAAUCAUGUAGUAUAUCAUGUGCUACUCAAUAUCCACAUGUAUGUGUAGCAAAUCAUAAUGGAUUCACUCAAGGUACAUGUACAAAUCUCAUAACAACAACAACAACAACAUCAACACAAACAACCAUUGGUUCAUGGCUUGGUUAUACAUGUUCAUGUAUGUGCUGUCAAACAGGUUCGAAUUGUUUACCGACAUACGUGGGUAUAGCAUCAGUAUCUCAAUGUUCAUCAGGAGCUUGUACACAAGCAUGUAUAAAUCGAUAUCCAUUAUCAUGUCCUUCAUUAUCACAUAAUGGUCAAGCAUAUGGUACAUGUGUUAGUGGUACUGAUGGAAAUAUAAUUUGUCGAUGUCAUUGUUGUGGUGCAGAUAGAUGUAAAAAUUAUGAUAUUAGCAUAUGUGGAAGUUGUACAUUGUGCGAUUCAGCUUGUCGACAACAAUCAUCAUGUAGUAAACCUGAUCAAGUAACACAUACUUGCUAUACUAGUAAUACAAUGUUAUGUUUUCCAUGGUUGAUUUUUAUAUUAAUAAUGAAUUUUUCAAUUUUAUUUAUAAUUUAA